GGUCUGACUAGUUGAGUGUAUGGGUGUCUCGCGUAUCUGUUCUUAGUUAUCUCCACCACUCGCACCAAGCCCUGGGAGGCUGAUGAUGGGCUGUUAUAUUCAAAUGGGUUACUUGAAAUGGAUAGUGCUAAUACUGCAUGCGCUGCUCGUAGGACUCGCUCACUGCAAUGAAGACAUCCCGGACAGUUAUAUAGAAAAGCAACGAUACGAUGGCUGGUACAACAACCUGGCCCAUCCUAGUUGGGGAUCUGUGGAAUCCAGGUUGACCCGCAAAACGCCGGCCAGUUACGCUGACGGGGUCUACAUGAUGGCAGGGCAGGACAGGCCGUCUCCUAGGAAGCUGUCCCAGGCCAUCAUGAAGGGGUCGGACGGGAUGGGCUCUGCCAGGAACCGAACUGCUAUGCUGGCCUUCUUCGGUCAGGUAGUGUCCUCGGAGAUCCUGCAGGCCUCCGAGGCAGGCUGUCCCAUCGAGAUGCACAAGAUCAGCAUCGAAAAAUGCGACGAGAUGUACGACAAGGAAUGCCGGGGCGACAAAUUCAUGCCCUUUCAGAGGGCUGGGUACGACGAUUCGACGGGGCAGAGCCCUAACAGCCCCCGAGAACAGCUGAAUUACGUGACCUCGUGGCUAGAUGGCAACUUCGUCUACAGCAUCAGCGAGGCCAGGCUGAACAUGUUACGAUCCUUCGAGAACGGCACGUUCAGGACGCAUCCGGACGAUCCCAGUUUGCCCCCGCGCAAUCUGGAACGCAUCCCCAUGGCCAACAACCCAACCCCUCAUGUCCUGAAGAUCCUUAGCCCCGAAAGGAUGUACCUCCUUGGAGACCAGAGAACCAACCAGAAUCCGGCCAUAUUGGCCUUUGGCAUCCUGUUCUUCCGGUGGCACAACGAGCAGGCCCGCAGGGUGCAGGAGGAGAACCCAGACUGGGGCGACGAGGAUAUCUUCCAAAGGGCACGGAGGCGGGUCAUAGCCCACCUGCAGAACAUCAUCAUGUACGAGUUUCUACCAGCUUUCCUAGGAGAGGAGGUCGAACCUUACGACAGGUACAGGCCCGAUAUACACCCGGGCAUUUCUCAUGUGUUCCAGUCGGCUGCUUUCAGGUUCGGGCACACGAUGCUGCCCCCGGGCCUGUACCGACGAGGACCGGGAACAUCUUGCGAUUUCAUCAAGUCCCAGACUGGGUACUCUGCCGUGCGUCUCUGCUCCACCUGGUGGGAUGCCAGCGACGUAAUGGCAAACAGUACGGUGGAAGAAUUACUGCGUGGACUGGCCUCUCAGUUAUCCGAGAAAGAAGAUCAUAUCCUCUGUUCAGAUAUUCGCAACAAGCUUUUCGGGCCUCUGGAGUUCUCCAGAAGAGAUCUCGGAGCACUAAACAUCAUGCGAGGACGAGACAACGGUCUCCCGGACUACAACACCGUGCGCAAAUGCUUCCAUCUUCCGCCAAUCACCGACUGGAACGACAUCAAUCCGGACGUCGCUGAGGAGAACCCGAACAUCAUCGAGGAGCUGCGGUCUCUCUACAACGACGACCUCAUGAACAUUGACCUGUACGUGGGCGGCAUGCUUGAAUCUGAUGGCGGACCUGGGGCUCUCUUCAGGGCCAUCAUUAAGGAGCAGUUUACUAGACUGAGAGACGCAGAUCGCUUUUGGUUCGAGAAUGCUGAUAACAACCUCUUCACUCCAGAGGAGAUCGAGGAGAUCCGCCAGAUCAGACUCUGGGACAUCAUCGUCAAUGCCUCCGACGUGGACCCCGAGGAGAUCCAGCGAGACGUCUUCUUCCACCUGGAAGACGACCCUUGUCCCCAGCCCUUCCAGCUCAAUACCUCAGACAUGGAGCCCUGCAACUACCUGCAAGGCUAUGAUUACUUCCAGGGAUCAGAAGUGACGUACAUCUACUCCUGCAUUCUGUUGGUGGCUGUCCCCUUGAUCUGCGCAGGCGCGGGUUACGCCACCGUCAAAUUCCAGAACUCGAAGAGGAGGGACUUCAAGACCAAGCAGGAAGAGAACAACAAUGGAAAAAGCGUCGACAAGAUGAUGGUCAAGGAGUGGCUGCAUCAGAACCACAAACGCAUCGUGAAAGUCAAAUUCGGACCGAACCAGGAGAUCUGCACCGUCAACAGAAAGGGGGAGAAGAUGCGCCGUCUGUCGCUCGCCAACUUAGACGUCCUCACGAUCGAACUGACGCAGGACAUCCGCCGCAAGCCGAUGGUCCUGAUCCGGUCCAACGUGGACCACGACCUCGUCCUGGAGUUCGACACGGAAGCCGCGAGACGCAAGUUCAUCCACAAACUGGAGCAGUUCAUGCACUCCAUCAAGAAGGAGAUCCGGAAGGAGCACACCAACAAGGAGGAGAUGCUGGCGAACGCCGAGACGAAGGAGCGAAGGCAGAAGCGCCUCGAGCACUUCUUCCGCGAGGCUUACGAACUCACCUUCGGCCUGCGGCCCGAGGAGAAGCUGAAGCUCGAGGACGCCGCCAGCGACGUCCGCAUGGUCAUGAGGACCUCGCUGUCCAAGAAGGAGUUCGCGGGUGCUCUGGGCAUGAAGGCCGACGAAAUCUUCGUGAAGAGGAUGUUCAACAUCGUCGACAAGGACGGCGAUGGGAGGAUCUCCUUCCAGGAGUUCCUGGAUACGGUCGUCCUCUUCAGCAAGGGCACCACCGACGACAAGUUGCGCAUCAUCUUCGACAUGUGCGACAACGAUCGCAACGGCGUCAUCGACAAGACGGAGUUGUCGGAGAUGAUGAGGUCGCUCGUGGAGAUCGCCAAGACCAACACCGUUAGUGACGAGGAGGUGGAGGAAUUGAUAGACGGCAUGUUCACCUCCUCCGGCCUGACUUACAAAGACUCGCUGACCUACGACGACUUCAAGCAGAUGAUGCGGGAGUAUAAGGGCGACUUCAUCGCCAUCGGCCUCGACUGCAAAGGAGCCAAGCAGAACUUCUUGGACACGUCGACGAACGUCGCCAGAAUGGCCAGCUUCCACAUCUCCGAGAUCAAAGACCGAAACCGCCACUGGAUGCUCAAGAAGUACGACUCCCUGGCCACCUUCCUGGAGGAGAACAGACAGAACGUCUUCUACCUGUUCGUCUUCUACGUCAUCACCAUCGCCCUCUUCUGCGAGAGAUUCAUCCAUUAUUCUUUCAUGGCUGAGCACACUGACCUGAGGCAUAUCAUGGGCGUGGGCAUUGCCAUCACGAGGGGCGCGGCCGCCUCCCUCUCCUUCUGCUACUCCCUCCUCCUGCUCACCAUGUCCAGAAACCUCAUGACCAAGAUGAAGGACUUCAGUAUGCAACAGUACAUUCCGCUAGACUCGCACAUUCCGUUCCACAAGAUCGUCGCCUGCACUGCUCUCUUCUUCAGCAUCCUUCACUCGAUUGGUCAUCUAGUCAAUUUCUAUCACGUUUCAACCCAACCUGUCGAGAACCUCAGAUGCCUGACACAAGAAAUCUCUUUUUCGUCAGAUCAAAAGCCAACCGUUGGCUAUUGGCUCUUCCAGACAAUUACAGGCGUAACGGGUGUCCUCCUCUUCAUCGUCAUGUGCAUCAUCUUCAUUUUUGCUCACCCCAUGAUCCGUCGGAAGGCCUACAAAUUCUUCUGGGCCACUCAUCAACUCUACGUCGUGUUGUAUAUACUGUCUCUCAUGCAUGGUUUGGCAAGACUGACAGGAUCUCCCAGGUUCUGGAUAUUCUUUGUUGGACCUGGCAUCGUCUACACACUGGAUAAAAUUAUAAGUCUCCGUACUCGGUACAUGGAACUAGAUAUCAUCGAAACGGAACUACUCCCUUCGGACGUCGUUAAAAUAAAGUAUUACAGACCACCUAACUUCAAGUACUUGAGUGGCCAGUGGGUGCGUUUGUCAUGCACUGCUUUCAGACAGUCAGAAUACCAUUCCUUUACUCUCACGUCGGCGCCCCACGAGAACUACUUGUCGUGUCAUAUCAAGGCGCAAGGGCCGUGGACCUGGAAACUCAGGAAAUUCUUCGACCCACAUAACUACGUCCAUGAUGAAGAUAAUCCUCCAAGGAUUCGUCUAGAGGGACCCUUCGGUGGCGGAAACCAGGAUUGGUACAAGUUUGAAGUUGCUGUGAUGGUAGGCGGUGGUAUUGGUGUCACUCCAUACGCCUCCAUACUCAACGACUUGGUCUUCGGUACCUCUACCAACCGCUAUUCUGGAGUGGCUUGUAAAAAGGUAUACUUCCUCUGGAUCUGUCCAACACAUCGUCAAUUUGAAUGGUUCAUUGACGUGCUCAGAGAUGUGGAGAGAAAGGAUGUCACAAAUGUACUGGAGAUGCACAUAUUUAUUACCCAAUUCUUCCAUAAGUUUGAUCUUCGAACAACUAUGCUGUAUAUUUGUGAAAACCACUUCCAGCGACUUAGCAAACGUAGUAUGUUUACGGGACUAAAGGCCAUCAAUCAUUUUGGACGACCAGAUAUGACUGCUUUCCUUAAAUUUGUUCAAAAGAAGCACAGUUAUGUCUCGAAAAUUGGCGUGUUCAGCUGUGGUCCGAAUCCACUAACUAAGAGCAUUAGCAAUGCUUGUGAAAACGUGAACAGAGGACGAAGAUUACCAUACUUCAUACAUCACUUCGAAAACUUUGGCUAAACGUCCGGUACUAUUGGAGUGUAAAGAAAUAUAGGGUCACUUAAGAGACUAGCCUGCUUAUCAUUUUUGGAUAAAUAGGCACAUUAUAUAAAAAAAAAUAAACGUGAACUAUUAGGUAAUGAUAGAUAUUGCUAAUACUAUGCUUUCCUUUGAAUUUAUUUUGUUAAUUUCAGGUUAUAGUAUUGUACUUUAUCUUUUCAGUACUAUAAGCAGUAUAUAAAUUGAAACUAUUCUGUACAUAAAAUAAUCUACUCAUUUAUGUACAGAUUAAUUGUACAUAGUUUAUGGAUUUAUCCUCCUUUUAAUCCUCGAAAGAAAUCCCAUGAUAUUAAUCAGUAUUUUCUCUUUUAAAGUCAAAUGCUAUGUGUACGUAUUUUUAUAUGUUAUUUUUUCUUUUUCUUACAAAUACUCUAAUAAGAAGAUGUAAGACAUAUAAUUCUCAGCUGAGUGAGUUAAUAUACCACCAUUUUUCAUUCUUUUAUUACUUUCGGUAUUUUUAUUUUCUCUUUUACUAUUGGUGUACUCAUAGGUUUUUAAAGUUAGCUAGUCUGCCAAGUCUUUUACAGCCUUAUUUUUUAAACAUUCAGAAUCACAUUAAGCUUGUUUUUCUUGAUUUCUCAUAUUGGUACUACAAAAAUCCACUAAGAAAUCUGCCCACUAACUGAAACUGUUUUCAUAGUGCCUAAAAAGUUUUUGCACACUUCUAUUUAACAAAAACAGUGCAGCCUAAUCUACACUUUGUGUCAAAAGGCUUGACUUUUCUGGACAGUAAUAUUGAAACCAAGGAAAAUAUUGUAUAUUUGAAUGUUAUUUUUGGAAAUAAGGCGAAUAGGCCCGAAAUAUAAUAUAUAUAUAUUUAUACAGUAUUCUAGUUAGCCUGACUGUUGCAAGGAUAGGUUAUAAAGAGGAUUGGCUAAUACCUGAAAAAAAAAUGUCACAGUAAGUAUAAUAUUACUGGUGUAGGCUGAAGAGAGUCCGUUUAAAAUUACAGCAAUAUUGGGGGUACUCUUUAUCUAAAGCUAAGUUGAUGUGAAGUUGCGUUGCAUUUGUAAAACUUUCCUGAAAUGUGAACAACGAAGAGAUUUGUAAUUGAAGUUUGUCAAGUAUGUUACUCGGGGGUACCCGAGAUAAAUUCAUAUUGCAUUUAUUCAUCCCCCCUGAUCCUAGACUAUACUUUAAAUGUUUCUGAAACAUAUUAGCUACUGCCAUCAAAACUUUAAUAUUUAGUCAAAAUCUUAUCCUGUUGCCAGUUAGAUGACAGACGAUGAAUUUAGUCCUGUUCAGCUAGGCUGUAAUGAAGUCACUGGAAAAAUAAUUUGUUGAAAUGCUGCCUGUAUAUUUGAAUAAUUUUAAAUUUUAUACCAUUUUAAGUAUUUUAUGCUUGGACUGUUCUGAUUUUGCAGCAAGAUACCUCAAGUACAUUUAAUUUACAAAGUUUAUUGUAAAUGAUUAAUCCUGUCUGCCAUGUAAUUUUCCUCUGGCUUUAAUCUGGUCUGACUGAACAUUACUCAAUUUUCCACUACUCUGCUGAUGCCCAUUCUUUGAAAAAUAGCCAGGUGGUGUUCACACUCAAAACACCGCAUGUGAUAAUUGUUGUACCAUAUACUCGAGUAGGAUGUUUAGUUCCAGACUCUAAUAUUAAGAGUUGAUAUAUAUAUAUAAAUAUAAUGAUUAUGCUUGUGAUUAUUAUUAUAGUUACACCAAAUCGCUGCUCGCGGAAUUGUAUACAGUAUAGUGUUAAAAUAAGAUUUUUUUUUUUUUAUACAUUCAGUACUUGUGAUCGUGCAAUACUAUUUUAUAUUUUCAAGUGAUUUUGCGUUAACAGUUUCACUUGGAUUUAUACUGUGUAUACAGUAUUAGUGUCAUUUGCAGUUUAAUUAUCAUAUUUUUCAUAUUUCUUCUUGUAUAGCUUAAUUGUACUGUUUAAGUACUGCAUAAUAUAUUUUCAAGAAGUACCGUUACUGAAUACAAGAACUUGUAUAAGCUGUAAGGAAAAAGUCUUGUCCAUUCUGUCUCAACAACUGUGAAAUUAUUAUUUUAGGCAGUAAAUAAUGCAAUAAAAUUUUUAUGAAAACUGUAUUAUUACAGAAGUACUUCUGAAGCAGGGUAUCAGAGUCAAUUUAAAAUUUUUCCAAAUAAAUUUUUUGCGUUGGGUUAAUCUUAAAUAGUUUGGGUCAGUUAUUAUUCAUCUUUGUUUAUAAUAAUUGCCAUAGUGUUUUUUAUAUGUAAAAAAUACUAUUGCAAAAAUGAUAAUGAAACAUGCUGCGUGUAGUGCUUCCAAGGCCCAGGAAAGGGGCUAAUGGGUUUUGUAAGUGAAAUUAAGUGAAAUUACAAUUAAAUGUGAUGUCAAUAUA